UUAUUCCUAGGUGUGCAUGGGAGUUGGUGCCUCUGCAAAGACUGCCCAUCUGUUUAGAGUGUACCCACCUUUUUCCAACAUAAGGGAUUCAGCGGGUUAUGAAAAUGGACAGAUGGAUCUUUUUUUAAUUUUUUCAGUUGCAUCUUUUUAAAAUAAUGAUUUAUAUAACUUGGUUUAUUGUUGUUGUUUUUUCCACAGAUGCUUCACUAAUGUGUGUCUUCAAGAAUAAGGUUAAAGAGCAGCCGGAGCCCCAACAAAUCAAAGAACAAGAGGAACUCUGCUGUAGCCUGAAGGAAGAGCAGCUGGUUCUGAAGCAGGAGAUCACAUCUGAGUGUAAUGGAAUUUUUGUAACACAGUUUGAAGAUCUCUCGGAGAACAACAUUUGUAAGGAGAAGACUGAAGCUGAGCUGCUUCUCUGGAAGCAGGAGAGGAGCUCUUGUUUGGAUGGUGAGGAGGAACCAGAGCUUCCACAGAUCAAAGAGGAGUGGGAGGAAGUCAACAUUAUUGAGGAAGGAAAACGGCUGGAUGGGCACCAGAAGACUGAUGGGUUUAUAGGCACUGAGCAUUAUCAGGAAAGCUUAAACUCCAACUCGGAACCAAGUGAGAGCCCAGAUUUAGAAGACAACGCUCAGAUCGCAGACAGUGACUAUGUGACUGUCCAGCUGGAUCCUCCUUCAGAUGAGAGCUCACAUUUCUGUGAAAUAUGUGGAAAAUUUUAUAUUCGAAGUUAUAAUUUGAAAAAUCACAUGAAAACUCACAAAGGUACGAAGACUGUUUUCCGUAAAAUAUGCCCAAAACCUUCUGUGAUGUAUCUGGUUUGGCCUUCCACAUGAACAUGAAAGGUAUCAUUUCUGUAAAACAUAUUAGUAUUUUUUAUUUUUUUAUUUUUAUUUUUUUUUGCAUCUUUUACAUUAAUUUUCCACAUGAAAAGUCACAAAACUGAGAAGGUUCUUUGCUGUGGUAUGUGGAAUAUGUUUUAAUAAAAAUAACUUUUAUA